GGAUAGGACUAGCUUUUGCUACGAAUCUAGUUAGUUUCCUUGUUUGUAGAUUUCUGGUUGGUUUCAGCAGUAUUACCUGCUUUAUCACAGCUUAUGUUAUUGGUAUGGAAUUGGUGGGACCAUCGAAGAGGAAGUAUGCUGGUAAUAUAAUCAUGUUAGCCUGGGUAAUCGGGUUGUUUCUUCUCGGUUUACUUGCAUACUUCAUAAGAGACUGGAAGAAUCUAACGAUUGCUACCUCCGUGCCAAGCAUUUUCUUUUUAUCUUAUUGGUGGUUGUUACCAGAAUCUCCCAGAUGGUUAUUGUCUAAAGGUAGAUAUAAAGAAGCCGAGGAAAUUAUCCGUAAAGCAGCCAAGGUCAAUCAGGUUGACCUCCCGGAAAAUCUUUUUGAUAAAUCAUCUCUUGAAACAACUGCUAAUGCUAAUAUAAGUCAGAUGUUUACAACUCCACGACUUGUAGCGAUGUCUCUUAUUGUCUUCUUUAAUUGGUUUGUAGCAAGUGUGACAUAUUAUGGCUUAACUUUAAAUGUGGCUAAUCUAAGUGGAGAUGUCUAUCUGAACUUUACCAUUGGAAACAUAGCGGAGACCGUCGCCUAUGUUUUAUGUAUUAUAUUACUAGACAGAUUAGGAAGAAAAGUUCUACAUUGUUCUGUUAUGUUAAUAGGUGGUUUAGCUUGUCUCAGUACCAUGUUUCCAGUUAUAUACGGAGAUGAUUCUCAUCUUUGGAUAACGACAGUUUUAUCAACAAUGGGGAAGCUAGCAAUAUCUGCUGCCUUUGCUAGUAUCUACAUUUUUACAGCCGAGCUAUUUCCAACUACUCUAAGAAACACAGCUUUAGGCAGCAGUUCAACCUGUUCACAAUUCGGCGGAAUGAUAUCUCCUUAUGUAGCAGAUUUGGGAAUACUAAUUGGCGGAGAUCUAAAAACAGCUUUACCUUUAAUAGCGUUUGGCUCCAUCUGUGUAAUUGCUGGACUACUGUCUUUGUUUCUACCUGAAACUUUAAAUCAAAAGUUGCCAGAAAACGUCGAAGAUACUAAAAGUUUAAGAAGGAAAGGCCAAAACAAAGCUACGGCGGUGAUGACAAAAAUUUAUGGUAACCAUAAUGAAAUGGAAAAAUUCUUUGAUGUGCAACAGCAGAAUCAUCAAGACAAUGUUAAUAAUUAUAUAGAAUGCAAGAAACUUUAGAAUAA